CACGAUACUCACGGCGAACCUAUAACUCAAUUAGUUCCCUUAAAGCAACGACACAAUCGCAGACAAUGGCACCACCUACAACGGAGAGCGCAUCGCCUAUUGGCAUUGCGAAUCUUCCCAACCAACGCCACAAGAUUGUCGCAAAACGAGGGGCAGCUUUUACCAUCAUGGUAGCAGGAGAGUCAGGAUUAGGAAAAACUACCUUCAUCAAUACCUUAUUCUCCACGACGAUCAAGAAUUACGCGGACCACAAGCGCAGACAUGCAAAGCAAGUCGACAAGACCGUUGAGAUUGAGAUUACAAAGGCUGAACUCGAGGAGAAGUUCUUCAAGGUCCGUUUGACCGUUAUUGAUACCCCUGGAUUUGGAGACUAUGUCAACAAUCGCGACUCUUGGAUGCCAAUUAUCGAGUUCCUGGACGAUCAGCAUGAGUCCUAUAUGUUGCAAGAACAACAACCCCGCCGUGUUGACAAGAUCGAUCUCCGUGUCCAUGCAUGCCUGUAUUUUAUCAGACCAACGGGACACACCUUGAAGCCUUUGGAUAUUGAGGUUAUGAAGAGAUUGAGCUCCAGAGUCAACUUGAUCCCAGUUGUCGCAAAGGCAGAUACCCUCAGCCCAGCUGAUUUGGCCCGUUACAAGCAAAGGAUCCGCGCAGUCAUCGAGGCCCAGGGAAUCAAGAUCUACACCCCACCAGUCGAAGAGGAUGAUGAGGCCGCUGCUCAACACGCCCGCAGCUUGAUGGCUGCCAUGCCAUUUGCUGUUAUCGGAUCCGAGAAGGAUGUCAAGACCAGCGACGGCCGCAUUGUCAAGGGUCGCCAAUACUCCUGGGGUGUCGCCGAAGUCGAGAACGAGGACCACUGCGACUUCAAGAAGCUGCGCUCAAUUCUCAUCAGAACUCAUAUGCUAGAUUUGAUUCACACCACGGAAGAAGCACACUAUGAAGCCUACCGCGCGCAACAGAUGGAGACUCGCAAGUUCGGCGAGGCCAGACCAAGAAAGCUCGACAAUCCCAAAUUCAAGGAAGAGGAGGAGAGUCUGCGCAAGCGCUUCACCGAGCAGGUCAAGAUCGAGGAGCACAGAUUCAGACAGUGGGAGCAGAAACUCAUCAGUGAGCGUGAUCGCCUCAACAAGGAUUUGGAGAGCACGCACGCUGCUAUCAAAUCUUUGGAAGGCGAGCUCGAGCAGAUGCAAGGCAGUGCUGUUCGCUCUCACGGCCGUCGCUAAGCUUAUCCUGCUCUGAAAUCAUCAUUCCUCGAAUUGGAAACUGGCUAGCUAAUACCCACGGCGUCUGUUUCUUUCUGUGAGGAGGGGCAUAGAACCUUGCAAUUUCUUCUAUCUUGUCUAUUCGGGCACAGCAAAUGGCGGCUCGGGGUGCAAAGGAUGGAAGGGUGACUGUUAGUUGGUGUUGUAAGCAGGUUCAUUCACAACACGCGCAAGGGGGCAAAUCUUCUGGUCUUCUUCUUUUGAACUCCAUUUUCUUCUUGCGGCUAUCUUCUUGUGUGUUGGGAAGCUAGGCUGCUUAAUUCUGGCCUUUACCUGGCUUCAGUAUCGUGCCUGGUGGUGUAGCUGGCUGGCUCCCUUAUUUCUUACUAGCUUUAGCCAC